CGGGCUACAGAGUAAGCCUCCCGCAGGGUAGAGUGACAACUCUCCGAUCGGAAGUUACUGUUGAAGUCUCACCGUUACCCGGGGCAACAGCUGAGCCGUCUGGGAAGGGAUGCAUCUUUUCUUCUGUAUGCUUGAGUCAAGAACUCUCAGUCAUCUUGGUAAUACCGGGUUGGAUGCUUAAAGCCGCAGCAAAAAGACCAGAACUUUAAGGAAAAAAUACUGUAUCCAACAACUCAGAUAUGGCAGAAGUGAAGUCAAUGUUCCGGGAAGUUCUUCCAAAACAAGGGCCAUUGUUUGUGGAAGAUAUAACCACAAUGGUGCUGUGUAAACCCAAACUUUUACCCUUAAAAUCUCUGACUCUGGAAAAACUAGAGAAAAUACAUCAAGCAGCACAGAAUACAAUUCGCCAACAAGAAAUGGCAGAAAAGGAUCAACGGCAAAUAACCCACUGAAUAACUGAGCACUUUAGGGAACAACCUACAUUAUCUACUAUUUAACAAUAACUAGAAAAUACGCUUCUGUGUGCUGAAAGUAGUAUGUGUUAAUAUUAUCAAUAAAAUUGAGAGUAUUUAUAUAAAUAAAAAAAAUCCAAGAUUGAUGAAAUUUGUAUUGUGAAUAUAAACACGCUGGUUUGUAUUGAACAUAAACAGUUGAACUAUGAACCAAGUUUUAUGGGGUUUAAGUCAUGUUUUUAGAAUUGCAAAUUAAAUUAUUUGUUCACCAUUGCUAUUGCUAUCUUUUAUAGGUAACUUUCUUGGGAUCUCUUAUAGAUAACAUUCUUGGGCACAAGGGACUAAAUACAACUUUUAUAUACAGAGGAUCUUUAUAAGUUUAUUAAAUCUGAAGAUACAUUCCAAUCUUGCAUAAAGUGUUCAUUGAGCUUUUACAUUACAUAAGAAACAAAAUUUUUAAACCAA